AUGGCUGGUCCACAGGGUGCUCUUGCCGCAACUUUUAAGGCUGUCCGAAUUCUUCAGGCUAUCAGCUUGAUCUCUAUCAUCGGGAUGACAGCCAACUUCAUCGCGCAGAUGGUGAACGCAAACGCCACCCCGCCAAACGUGCUUAUCGGCACCCUCAGCGUGACUGUUAUUGCCGUCUUGUACUGUGCAAUCACCUUCAUCCUAUUCAUCGAUGGUACUCUCCCAUAUUUGAUCAACCUUGGUUUGGAUGGCGCCCAUUUAAUUGCUGUUGUCGUCGUCGCCGUCACUGUCGGAAAACCAUUGUCAUACGUGAACUGCAAUGUGAUCGGUCAAGUUUCCGGCGGCUAUUCAUCGGCGUAUGACUUUGCCAACGCUUUAGGCCAAAGCCUCGCCAAGGAUGGCGGAAAGAUCAGUUACACUCAUUGGAUUGGAGCAUCGAAGCUCACCUGUUUCCAAAUGAAAUCAAUCUGGGGUCUGAGCAUUGCUUUGUGCAUUCUGUUUGCUUUCUCUGCGAUAUGCAGUGUUUGUCUCUGGCGCCAGAACAGAGUUGCAUCCCCCAAGGAUAUCGAAAGUUAA